ACUGCAGGUGACAGCAGCGGCGGCGCGGUUAUGAUGUAAUGCUGUCACGGAUGGCGGUGUGUGCGCGGCUCUGUGGAGCGGGUCAGUCGCGGAGGUGCAGGCGGCGGCAGAGGCACAGCCAGGCGGACCAGGGCAGCGACUCUGAGAUGGACAUGGACGACGAGGAGGAAGAGGAGAGGGUCGUGGGCAGCAGCGUCAGCCGGAGCAGCAGCUGUCACAACAGCGGGCCUAGCGGAGCCGCGAGACUCGGCUCUGGGGACUCGGCCUCUGCAGGACCACCGCGCCCGCAGUCACUGCUGGAUCUGCCGCCGGAGCUACUGGUGGAGAUCUGCUCUUCUCUGCCCGGCACUGCGCUGCCCAACCUGGCGCUGGUGUGCAAGAAAUUCAGGCAGAUCCUGAACACAGAAACAAUCUGGAGGAGGAGAUGUAAAGAGGAAUUCGGUAUGAGCGAUGACCUGCGGAAGAUGGAGAUCGUGGGUAUGUCGAGCCGAGAUCUGUAUGUGAAACGUGUGAACCCGCAGGUGAAGUCGGGACGCUUUAUGAAGCUCCUCCCUGAUUAUGAGCAUAUGGACUAUCGGGACGUGUACACACACUUGCUGCAUCCCUAUAGACACAUCCUGGGUCUCUGGCAGCCUGAUAUCGGGCCCUAUGGAGGACUGCUGAAUGUGGUGGUUGACGGCCUGUUCAUCAUAGGCUGGAUGUAUUUACCGCCCCAUGAUCCCCGUGUGGAGGACCCCAUGCGCAGACGGCCGCUCUUCCGCAUACAUUUGUGGGAGAAAAACAAAGCCACCAUAGAAUGUAUGUACGGGCACAAGGGCCCUCACAAAGGAGACAUUCAGACUGUGAAGAAAGAUGAAUUUUCCACCAAAUGCAACCAGACGGAUCACCAUCGAAUGCCUGGAGGAAGGCAAGAGGAGUUCAGAACGUGGCUACAGGAAGAAUGGGGAAGAACACUGGAGGACAUUUUCCAUGAGCACAUGCAGGAGUUGAUCCUCAUGAAGUUCAUUUACACCAGCCAAUACGAUAAUUGCCUGACGUACCGGCGGAUUUAUCUGCCCCCGUGCCUCCCUUCAGACCUCCUGAAGCCGGGUCUCUUCAAAGGGACGUAUGGCAGUCACGGCCUGGAGAUCAUCAUGCUGAGCUUCCACGAGUCCAAGGCCAAAGCCACCAAACUUACCGGUGACCCAAAUGUCCCAGCAGGUCAGCUGACGUUAGAGAUAGACCUGAACUGUCCGGUGCGUCUGCCCGACCUGGAGCACCAGCGGAGCAUGGAAGAGCUCUCUCGCCUGGUGCUGGGGGUGCAUGAGGAGGCCCAGAGGGGUUUACAGUCCCGGGACACCCCAUCAGAGGCUGCAGAGGUGCCCUCCCCUCAGGGGGCGGAGGACGUGGAGCCGGGAGCUGCUGCCUGCAGCCACACAUCUGAAGCGCAGCCGUUUGUUCUGCCUCUGGGAGUCAUGACUCGUAAUGAAGAGUAUCCUCGCACCUGCAAGAUGUGUUUUUAUGGAACAGGCCUGAUCGCUGGCCACGGCUUCACGAGUCCAGAGCGCACGCCGGGUCUAUUCGCCCUUUUCGAUGACGACCGCUUUGGCUUCAUUUGGCUGGAGCUCAAGUCCUUCAGUCUGUACAGUCGACUGACCGACCAGCUGUCCCACGCUCAGGCCCCCAGCAUGGAGCGCUUCGAGGCCAUGCUCCGCAACAUGCAGUCAUGGACAUCCUGAUAGCAAACCUCACACUAGUGUUCUCAGCAGACACAUCCUCUGGUAUUACAGACACACACACACACACACACACACACACACACACAGCACUCUGCUCGCAUCCGCACAGGUGUAUGUAAGCCACAUACCCAUACGUUUGCAUUACAUUAUGCCUUUAUUAUCAGCUUUUUAAUUAAUUUAUUUCUGUAACCUUGAAAUGGCGCCGGAGAUGACGACAAUGUGAACAUUUUCCCAUAAACUCAGCUGAGCGUGCCUCUCUUACCAAGAUGCUUCAAACUCUCAAAUCCUGUGGUUUUGUGCUUUAAAAUUCUUUUUUUAGAAGCGUUUGUCCUUGAUGUGGCAACAUCUGCAGUUGCUUUUAAUUGAUUUUAUUCAGUUAUUUAUUAUUGUAUCGUUAUUUGUAAAAAUUCCACACCAUAUUUAGAAAUGCUUUCAUUUUUUUUCUGCCAGUGGUCACUGAAAACGAAUGACUUCCAGCUGCAGAUGUCAAUUUUAUCUCCCCCUAUUGUGUCCAUUCAUAAGUGCCAUAACACUAAAAAAAGCUCAAGUUUCUUAUUUAAAUUAAAAGUUCACACAAACAUCAACAUUUGCUGAAAAUGCCCUCAUCCUCAGGCCAUUCAAAAUGUAGAUGAGUUUGUUUCUUCAUCAGAUUUGGAGAAAUGAAGCAUUGCCUCACUUAUUCACCAAUGGAUCCUCUGCAGUGAAUGGGUGCCGUCAGAAUGAGUCCAAACUGGUUUAAA